AUGACCAACAACUUGGAUAAUGUUGCAAGGAAUAUUCUGUACCAGUCGAUCAACAUGAACGUGUUCUAUGUAAUCAAGUCCUGUUCCUCUGCUAAAGAAAUAUGGGAUAAACUUAAUCAGAUCUACGGUACAAGCACUCAAGCAAAGAAGGACCAGAAAGCGUUCAUGUGCAAUGAAAACAAAUAUAGAUGGGCUGAUAGUGAUUCAGAGGAGUCUCCUGCUGAAAAGAGAAUGAAGUUGUCACAUUUUUCAAAGGACAAGAUGUGCACUGCUUCCCAGUUAGGCAAACAAGGCAGAUCAUCGUUCAAAAAUAAAACUUCUGUAAAGGACACAACGGUAGACACUGCAAAGAAAGUUGGCACCUUCGUCGAAGAAAAAACGAUCGUGGCAGCAGAAUACAGCGAGAAGGCGGCGGUUGAGGCUAAGAAAGUCGGCAGUUACGUCGGAGAAAAGGCGGUGGUGGCGAAAGAAGUGGCGGUUGAGGCAGGAAUAAACGCGGUUGUGUUCUCGGAGAAGGUGACUGUUGAGGCUAAAGACAGGGCGGUGGUGGCGGGAUGGGGCGUGGCGCAUUACACGGUUGAGGUGGCUGGGGGUGCGGCGGGGUUUAUCGAAGGGAAGGCGGCGGCGGGGAAUUGGGGUACGGUUGCGGAUUAUGUUAAAGAGAAAGCUGCGGCGGCAAAGGAUGCGAGUGCUAGUGCGGAGGAGUAUACUGCUCGGAAGAAGGCGAGCGCGGAGAGGGGGAUGGAAGCUAAUAAGGAGAGGUUGAGUAGUUCUGAUGAGACGAGUUCGAGCGUUGAUCUUGGACGCUAG